GACAGCUCUUGUGGCUAGUUUAUAGAGGAAAAAGUGACGUGACAUAUUCUUGGACGAUGUUGGAAGUUAUCACAGCAUCGACUUUCUUAUUCAGUCGAUAAACAUACAAAUAUUGAUACAGUUUCUGAAAGUGUUGAUCCAGAUAUAAAUAAAGUCAUCGAUGAAUAUGUUAAUUUAUUUUAAAACCAACCAGUACGGACAAUCUAAUAAGAAAACAGCUAAAACAACAACAACAAAAGUCAGAAAAGUAUAUUUAGUCAGUUUCAUUCAUUUUGGGCUUAAUGGAUUUAAGAGCCGAAUUAAUAAAUAAAGAUAUGGAAAGUUUUUUUUUAUAAACCUGCCCUAGAAGUCAAACAGUUGCUCACAUCAACCAAAAUAAAUUCGUUCGAUUAAUUUCGAAAUCCGAAAGUUAAUUAAUUUUAAAAUUUCAUAUGAGAAGUCUACAUUUAUCGUAGAUUUUCCAAAGAAGUAGAAACAAAAAUCAGGCCACACUUUUGGAGCCAUGUUACACUUGUAAGCUAUUAAAAGUUACCACAAAAUAGUUGGCGCCUUCUCACUGGGGGCGAUAACUGGGUUUCUAGAGGAGAACUGUUCCAGUUUGGAUACCAAGCGUCCCCGGCGACUUUGUUGAGUGAACUGUUCACAUGGUGCCGUAACGUAGAUAGAUCUAGUCUAACUUGAGCAUACAAAUGUCAACCACUUCUCAUGGCCUGCACUGUGUGCUUUAGUCAGACAUGAACUAAAGGGAGUGAAUUCUUCUUUGUUUGUAUGUGAUAACUUUCUGUUACGAUGGAUGUAACAAGAAUCAUGAGUAAAUAGUCAACAUUUCUCCACUAUGACAGUACCCAUGGACUGAUCAAGGCGAGACAAUAACCUGAACAGAACGAGUUCACAUCUGAAUAUCCUGCUACCACUCCUGGAGAAAACGUGGUGUUAUAUUCCUCACCUCUAGUCACUUCGGGCUAUCUUCCGUCAAACAGAUCUGGCAGGAAGGCGAAGAUGCCCGACAAACAUAACAACGAAUAUAUAGAAAUGGGCCAGGGAGGCGCCCCUAACCAGGAGACAUCUAACAAUGGCCGGGCUAUAGAAGCUAAACUGGAGGAUACCCCGGAGAGAGAGUUAUGGACAGGGAAAAUCGAGUUCGUGCUGGCCUGUGUUGGUCAGUGUAUAGGAUUCGGUAAUGUCUGGCGAUUCCCGUACCUGUGUUACAAGAAUGGAGGCGGAGCUUUUCUAAUUCCAUUUGUCAGUACCAUCAUCUUUGCUGGUAUUCCAAUGUACUUUAUGGAGCUAGCAUUAGGUCAAUGGCUUAGCGUAGGAGGCAUCGGCAUCUGGAAGAUAACACCCAUUUUUAAAGGAGUUGGCUAUGCAUCAACCAUUAUGGCCUUCUGGCUGAAUACUUACUACAUCGUUAUCUUGGCCUGGACAGUGUUCUACUUGUGUCACUCCUUCACGUCAGUCUUGCCCUGGGGUCACUGUGGUAACGAUUGGAACUCCCUCAAGUGUCUCAACUCCUUUGAGCGCUAUAAGAUUCCAUUCAACUGCACCAACGGCACCUCCUGGUUUGAGGUGAAUGUUACUAGCGAGUACAAUGCUACUAACAUCCCGAAACUUUACCCAGAGUUCAACUGCACGCAGGACUAUGACGCUUACAAUUAUAUUUCACCAGUCAAAGAAUUCUGGCAACUUAAAGCUCUCAAAAUCUCCAAAGGCAUUGACCACGCUGGUCAACUCCAGUGGGAAAUGUCGCUGUGUCUACUGGCUGUCUGGGUUAUGUGUUACUUCUGUAUUUGGAAAGGAGUCAAGUGGACAGGAAAGGUUGUCUACGUCACUGCUUUGUUCCCUUACAUUCUAUUGACAAUACUUUUAAUAAGGGGCGUCACUCUUCCAGGAGCGGCCGACGGAAUUCGUUUUUACAUCACUCCAAAAAUGUCAAAGUUGGCUGAAUCUACGGUCUGGGUAGAUGCAGCCUCACAAAUUCUCUUCUCCUACGGAGUCGGACUUGGGACGUGUACGGCCUUAGGAAGCUAUAAUAAAUAUCAUAACAAUGUCUACAAGGACGCAGUCUUGAUCUCAUGUCUUAACAGCAGCACCAGUGUAUUUGCUGGCUUUGUCAUUUUCUCUGUGAUCGGUUUCAUGGCUCACGAACAGAAAAAAGAUAUCAGCCUGGUUGCUGAAUCAGGUCCCGGCCUGGCCUUCCUGGCCUAUCCCAGUGCUGUGGCACAACUCCCCAUUUCACCUUUGUGGGCCAUCUUAUUUUUUCUCAUGUUGCUUAUGCUGGGUAUGGACAGCCAGUUCUGUACAAUGGAAGGAUUCUUCACAGCGUUAAUAGACGAGUUCCCUCAGUACCUGAGACAACGCAGGGAACUUUUUAUAGCUGUAGUUUGUCUUAUAUCCUACCUCAUUGGAUUGUCAAUGGUCACUGAGGGCGGGAUGUAUGUUUUCCAGCUCUUUGACUUUUAUUCAGCAAGUGGUAUCACAGUGUUAUUGCUGAUCUUUUUUGAAUGUAUUGCUAUUUCCUGGUCAUAUGGUGUGAACAGAUUCUAUGAAGAUCUCAGAGAUAUGUUUGGAUUUUAUCCAUGUUUUUUCUGGAAAAUAUGUUGGUGUGUAACUACACCAGCCAUUUGUCUCGGUGUUGUUUUGUUUAGUGUUUUCACCUUCCAGCCAGUGACCUACGUAGGUUAUAAGUUUCCUACAUGGGCGCACACGAUUGGCGGAAUAAUAGGAGCCUCAUCUGUGGCAUGUAUACCUUUGUACAUGAUCUACAAGAGUAUUAUCACAACUGGAGGACCUCGUGAGAGGGUAAAGAAACUAUUCAGGCCCGACAUGUCAUUCAGUAGAGGGUCGGAGCAGCCCCCACCUUACUCGACCAUACCAAGGACCGUCGGUGAAGGUGCAGUUAGGUUGUGAGAUGUCUCUUCCCAGUGUCCAACCAAAACUUGCACACCAUCAAGUCCAGGCACUCGUGCCACUCCAGAUGUUGCACUGACAUCAAAUGACACUCGUGUAUAAGUUUAUGACAUCCAAUGACAUUCGCUAUAACGUAAGCUUAUGAAGCAGAUAAUACAUAAAACAUUUUGAGAGCGGUUUGAGAAAGAAAAAGAAAAAAGAGACCUGGUGAUUUGUGUCUUUUUAGAUAACUUGCUGUUAAUAACUUGAUUACAUUUUAGUGUGUUCAUUUCGCUGGCACAUUUCACGCUAGUAGGUUGCUUGUGUCAGUCACGUGUGACCUAAUUAGAUCUAAUACUUCCACCAGUUUCUCUAACAUCUAUUUAUAGCCUACGUUCUAAAGUAGAAACCAAAACUAAAAUAAAGAGCAUUUCACAUUGAACAGAAAAUAUUUUAUUAUUAACUAUGUAUAAUUUCACUAGAGGAAUGUUAAGAUAAAUUUAACAUUACUAUAAAUUUGAAGACUAAGACAGAAUUCAUGGAAUUUGCUUUACCUAAAAAUUUUGUAUUUUUAUUAACUGAUAUCUAGAAUCUAUACCCUAUCUCUAUGUGUAGCAGUUAUCAUUUUUCUGUUUCAAAAUGUAAUUGAAAAUAUCCAAAUGUAAUCAUGCCAUGAUGUAAUAUAAUCAACAUGUGUAAAAUAUUUGUUUCUGUUGAUACUCUGUUCUCAUUUUUUGGUUCACCUAUGUUUGUUUUUUAUCUCAUGUGUUAUUCUAACAGAAAAUUGAGAAUCUAUGGCCUAGGCUAAAAUCUAAGUCCAUUAGGCAUCUGAGCUAAGAAGAAUGUUAACAUUUGAAAGAAAAAAAAUCCUGUACUGGGUAAAUCUUUAAUCUGAAAGAAUGAUCAAAAUAAUUAUCUAAUGAAUUUUAUUUCUAUUUCUAGUCUUUGUAAAGUUAGAUUUCAUCUUUUGUAUGAAAAGUCAAUUUACUGAACUUGUUAUUCGCUUAUUUAAAUUCAUUUAAGAAACACAGUGUGCUAGAAAUAGUGUUUCACUUAUUGUGAGUGGAAUUACAAGAAAUUUGUUCAUCAUUCUAGGCUACUCUACCAGAAUAAAAUAUUAUCCCUUCUAGAAAUCAGCAUCAAUUAAAACUUUCAUAACUUACACAAUGAAUGGAUCUUGUACUAUGCUUGCUCACCAUUAAGUUUGACAAUUCAAACCUAACAUUAUCAGGAGUGGUUGCUGUAAAAGUGCUGACCACAACAGCCUUCUUUGAAUGUCCUCUACUUUGUUUCAACGCACAUCGAUAACAAAAGUGUCCAUUUUAAUCUUAAGUCUUGUCUUUCUAUACAUCUUUGCAAAUCUUUCAUAAAUCCCUUUUGUCUCUCUCACUUAGCAACUGUCAUCCAUGGGGCUAACAUAAACACCUAUAACCUUAACACAUAUUGUCUAAAACUCUAAUAUUAACACAAACAUUAGUUGUAUCUAGUUCAAACACAUGUCCGUAACAUGAACACCUGUUGUUCUUAAUCUAAAUACCUCUUGUCCCUUAUCUAAAUACCUCUUGUCCCUUAUCUAAAUACCUCUUGUCCCUAAUCUAAAUACCUAUUGUCUUAUGCAGUGUUUCCCAAACUGUGUCACCCAGAACCCUAGUGUUCUAAGGGGCCUGAAUAGGUGUUCCACGAACUACUGGAAUAGUUAACUAGUAGGCCACCACGUGAAUUAAUCUCACUAGAAAAAAUAAGCAAAGUGUUCCGCUUAGUACUUAGAAUGUGGGAAGUGUUCAGUUAAGGAAAAAGUUUGGGAAACACUUGUCUAAAGCACUGUUGUCCCUAACGCAGUUAAUUGUUCUAUUUAGCCUAAACACAACAAUGUCUCUAAGCAAAACAACUGUUUAUUUUUUUUCUGGUAGCAUGAUUUAUUUUGACCUGUAAACAUUGUGAUCAUAACCAUCAUUUUUUUUUCGGAAAUGUAGACAACACAGCGUAGAAAUCUAUAGUCUGUAUUGUUCGAAAUUUCUCAAGCUGGAAAUCUGGAUUUGUAAGUCAAUCAGUUCCAAUUGGUGUCACUCCUCAGCGGCAAUAGUAAUUAUUUCAAAAUCUGCUGCUCUGUCAUUUAGUUUUGAAUGGAUAAUUUUCACCAACAUCGUCCACUCGUUUUGUCAGGCCAGAAAGGCGGCACAGCUUCAACUUUUUUUUCAGGCCGAUUUUAUUCCAUCACUGCUAGCAAGCACUUUUUAAUGCUUCAUUUCUCUUGUUAAUGUGAGCAACUCUGUAGCCAACGUUACAGUCUACUCAUUUCUUGACUUCUUGGUCAAUAUUUUCGUCAAUCGCGUAACUCUAGACGUAUGCGAUCUUUUCUUGGCGACUCAAACCAACAAUGCCACCAUAUUUUUGUAGUAGUUUGUUUUAGAAUGCUGUUUAUGCUAUGUUCCUUAAAAACAGUCACAUUUCACAGAUCAAACAUGUUGGCUUAUUAUGUUCCACCAACAAAAAAAAAGGAUCUGUCCACUUUUCCUGGAAGUUUCAACAUCCAAUUUUCGUUUCUUCAGCUCUUCCAUUUCAUUUACGUGCAAAUGUGACACGACACGGCACCAAUCAUGUUGAUGUCACACGACACGGCACCAAUCAUGUUGAUGUCAAAAGUACACGAAACAAAAGGAUGCAGAAAAGAUGUGAAGUGUUACACACAUGAGAUGUCAAGAACACGGCUAGCUCUUUACAGCCGCGGUAUUGCCCAAGACUCUAAAUUCUAAAACAACUGUCAAUUCUUGUCGCCGAAAAAAAACAACUUGUGUUCUUAUAGAAAAAAAGUUAACAUGAAUAUUACAAGAAAAUAGAUUAGAAUGAAAUCCAUCGAAGAAAAAAAGCUAGAGUCCUAACAGAAAAAUUUUCAACCUUUUUUUCCCCUACAUUUUGUGCCGAUGUUUUGGCGGGCCGGUCCAAACCACGUCGCGGGCCGGAUAUGACCCGCGGUCCGUAGUUUGGGCAUCACUGCUCUAGACAGAAUUAUUUGUCCUAUUCAUGAUCCUGGUAGCCAGAUUUGGGAAACCUAGAGUAAAUCAAUACCUUGAUUGUAGUUUGAAAACCAUGAUUGACUAUUUAUUGUUGUGUUCAAAACUUAUAAUGUUAUGUUAAAGAGUUCUUAAAGACUGCUAAUUGGUAUUUCACACAAAAAAUAACAUUUUAUUGGUGUAUGACUUAGGCUUUUUUUUCAAACACUUUGUUAAUUCAUACACUAUUAGAUACGAAAUUGAAAUGUUUUUCUUAUUUUCUCCUAUCUUCAUCAUAAUAUGUUUAUUUAUAAAUACUGUUGCUCAGCAUGGUGUCAACGCUUUUUCUUCCUGUGUUCUCAGACGUCUGUAAAAUGUUAGAGGAAUGAAGUUUUGUGAAGCAUUCGAUCAGCGAUACAUGCAAUACUCUUGUUUUGAACUCGCCUUUAGCUUCUUGUUGAAGAAACUCUGGACGUGUUCUGGGAAGUAAAAUUGUCGUUUAUUCCUGUCUCGUUUUAUUUGUUUUAAACUGUUUUACUUAAGGUCAAUGGGAAGAGAGAGUAAUGAAGCCUCUGAUGCCUUUCCCUUUUUUCCCCCGUAAAUUGGUGAUUUUUUCUACUAUUUUUAAAUUACGAAUUUAGCUUAGAUGAUCUAUUGUGAAAGUUGGACACUGAACGUUGAGUCUUAAAAAGAAUUCAGUUUUUUUAGAAAAAAUGCUGGGUUUCAGAUACCAAGAAAAGAAGAUACGAGUUUGUACUAGUCAGGUAAAAAGGAGUACAGCUGGUUUGGUCAUAUGACUUACUAUCAAAAGUCAUCCUUCAAGGUACAGUAGAGGGAGCACGAAGAAAGGUUCGUCCAAAGAAAAAGCUGACUGGACAAUGUAAAAGAAUGACCCGGCCUCUCUCUUGAUAUACUGAUGAGAGAGCUGCUGACUGUGAAAAUGGAGGGAUUUAGUUAUACAAACUCUCACAGCACGCCUACGGCGAAAGUCAAUGGAUAGAUGAUGAUGAUGAUCAAUGACUUUACUGUUUCCCAACCUUCGGAACACCGACCGUGUUUGUCCCGUGACCCUCUGUUAUCCGACCCCUCACACUUCUGCCCAGUGUACAGUAUGAAGCAACCUAGGAUCAGUUCCAUUGGUCUGAGGGAGAUCUCAGAAAUUUAAACUGGUCCCAAGUCCGAAAAAGGAUGAACACCUCUGUACUUUACUGUAUCCUUUUACGUGGAGUUGUAGCUAACGAUCUAGAGUGGCGAGGUAUGAAGUGCUGAACAUGUUUCUCGUUUAUUUAAAGUUUUUUAAAGUUUUUGAUUUUUUAUGUCAUGUUCUGAGUUAUUCUCCUGAUUGUGGAGCUCAGUAUAUAUUCGAGCUAAGAGUUGAUUCAGAUAUUUAAAAACUGUUUAAAUUGAAUACAGCCUACUUUGUUUAUUAAAUGUCAAAACAUUUAUAGUUGGAGACUGGUAAUAAUGGUGUGAUUGCCAGAAAUGUAAGAUAGGUUUUAAAUGGAAGUCAGAGAAAAUGUUUUAAGAAGGUCGAAGGUUUAUACAACUUUACAAAUGCAUUUAUUUGUGUUGUGUAUGCUCUUUUGUUAUCUAGUGUAUGGCCCUCAUAAAGUCGACAUUGUAUAUUAAUGUAGAACUUUUCAAUGUUUUUCUAUUAAUGUGUUUUUUUAAACAUAUGACUGUUUAGAUCUAGAGCUGACCCAGACUACAGCAUGCUAGCUGGCUCAUAGCUAUUCUUACUUAAUACACAUUAAUUUAUGUACGAUCA